UGAUGUCUGGACAGCUUCUCUUUCUGUCUUUUCUUACCUGGACUCUGGGUUGCUUGUUAGCUGCUUCUGCCAGUUCUGAGUUUUCAAGGGGAGAGGGGCCCAGUGAUGGCUGUUCUUUGAAGGAAAGGGAAGAAUGUCUCCUGUUUAACAUGUUUCUAUGUUUCCAGUUACUUGGUUAGUUAGUUAGAGCCAGGGUCUCUCGCUCUGUUGCGCAGGCUGGAGUGCAAUGGCAUGAUCGUGGCUCACAGCAGCCUCCACCUUCCAGGCUCGAGCAAUGCUCCCACCUCAGCCUCUCAAGCAGCUGGGACUGCAGCUGGACCCGCAGGCCCUGCAGGACAGAGACUGGCAGCGCACCGUCAUCGCCAUGAAUGGGAUCGAAGUAAAGCUCUCGGUCAAGUUCAACAGCAGGGAGUUCAGCUUGAAGAGGAUGCCAUCCCGAAAACAGACAGGGGUCUUCGGAGUCAAGAUUGCUGUGGUCACCAAGAGAGAGAGGUCCAAGGUGCCCUACAUCGUGCGCCAGUGCGUGGAGGAGAUCGAGCGCCGAGGCAUGGAGGAGGUGGGCAUCUACCGCGUGUCCGGUGUGGCCACGGACAUCCAGGCACUGAAGGCAGCCUUCGACGUCAAUAACAAGGACGUGUCGGUGAUGAUGAGCGAGACGGACGUGAACGCCAUCGCAGGCACGCUGAAGCUGUACUUCCGUGAGCUGCCCGAGCCCCUCUUCACUGACGAGUUCUACCCCAACUUCGCAGAGGGCAUCGCUCUCUCAGACCCAGUUGCAAAGAAGAGCUGCAUGCUCAACCUGCUGUCGUCCCUGCAGGAGGCCAACCUGCUCACCUUCCUUUUCCUUCUAGACCACCUGGAAAGGGUGGCAGAGAAGGAGGUGGUCAAUAAGAUGUCCCUGCACAACCUCGCCACUGUCUUUGGCCCCACGCGGCUCCGGCCCUCCGAGAAGGAGAGCAAGCUCCCUGCCAACCCCAGCCAGCCCAUCACCAUGACUGACAGCAGGUCCUUGGAGGUCAUGUCCCAGAUCCAGAUACCUAAUAAGAUGCUGGAAUGUAAUCCCUGGACAAUCCGUGUCCUGGCAGCAUUUGGUCUUCCUCUAAGCGCCUGGCUCCGCUGUUCUCAGGAGUGGGUUCUGAAGUCUCUGGAGAACAGGAUACGUGGAGGGUUAGGAAGGGGCCAGGCCUAGAGAUGGGAGACUCCCUCCCGGAGCAGGUGGAGGCACAGGACCAUUCGCUACCCCAUCUGCCGACACCUGCGGGGGAGCCCAGGCAUUCUUUGUAAGCCCUCCUGACCACCUGGCUCAAAGAAAACAGAAGCAUGGAGGCCGCCAAGUAUUUUCAAGAAAUAAUCCCUUGAACAUGGCAUCACUUUUUUAGAAAGAGGGGCUUGGGGCAGGCAGAGGAGAGAAGGGAGAGCAAACUGAGAGCCAAGUUUCCAGACGGUCCUGCAGGAGGAGAGGAUGCAGCUGCCCAGAGGGAAGCAGGAUCACAUUUAAGGAAGUGUGUGGGGUCCCUGGAUGACACCAGCACCCAGUGCGGCUCUGUCUGGCAACCGCUCCCAAGGUGGGAGGAGUGGGUGUCCCCUGUGUGUCAGUGGGCAGCUCCUGCUGAACCCGCAGCUCACUGGGGAGCCUGACAGUGGGGCCAUGCGCCUGACACUUCUCUCUGCUUGUGGACCUGGCAAGUCAGGGAGCAGAAAACAGAGCCACUUGAAGGCUUUCUGUCUGUGUCUGUGUGCAGUGUGGAUUUAGUUGUGCUUUUUUCUUGCUGGGAGAGCACAGCCACCAUUUACAAGCAGUGUCACCCUCGUGGGUGGUGAGGACAGAACAGGAGCCUCUGCUCUCUGUACCUAUCUGGGCCCGGUGGGCUCCCCUGUCCUGGCUUCCAUCUCUGUCUCAGCGACCAUUCAGCCCUGCACAGGAACACAUAUUGCUUAGAAAAGCUAAAU